AAUAAAUAUUUCAUUCGCGGAGGCCCUCGGGUAGCGAUUCUCAACCUCACCCCCUCUUCUUUCUCUUACAGUUCUUCGGGCUUUCACUUCGAAUCUUUUCUCGCCCUGCGUUCUAUUCUCUGCGCACUUCGGAUGUGUAUGCGCUCAAUCCCGUUUCCCCUCAUCUUUCAGUAGUGAAGUUGAGGUGAGAUGACGACCCUUAGAUCGAGCUGGCCGUCGAGGCUGCGGCAACUUUUGUCCAGCGACGGUGCCAUUGGCCCCUCCGUCAAACUGGACUCUGAACCGCCUCCCAAGAUCAAAGCCUUCAUUGAGAAGGUCAUACAGUGUCCAUUACAAGAUAUAGGAAUACCGCUCUCUGGCUUUCGGUGGGAGUACAAUAAGGGCAAUUUCCAUCACUGGAGACCAUUGUUUCUUCAUUUUGAUACGUACUUCAAGGUGUAUUUGUCAUGUAGAAAUGAUUUGACAUUGUCUGAUAGGAUUCUAGAAGAUGAAAGUCCAUUACCAAAAUAUGCAAUUAUGCAAAUAUUACGGGUGAUGCAAAUAAUUUUAGAGAAUUGUCCUAACAAGAGUUCAUUCGAUGGCUUAGAGCAUUUCAAGCUUUUAUUAGCUUCAACAGAUCCUGAGAUUCUUAUAGCUGCGUUGGAAACUCUUUCUGCACUUGUAAAAAUAAAUCCGUCUAAGCUUCAUGGAAGCGCAAAGAUGGUUGGGUGUGGUUCAGUUAACAGCUAUCUCCUAUCCCUAGCACAGGGAUGGGGAAGCAAGGAGGAGGGCUUGGGAUUGUAUUCUUGUAUUAUUGCAAAUGAGAAAACCCAAGAUGAAGCUUUGUGCUUGUUUCCUUCUGAUGUAGAGAAUGGUUGUGAUCAAUCUAAUUACCGCAUUGGGUCUACUCUGUAUUUUGAAUUGCAUGGAUCUAGUGCCCAAUCUAAGGAACACGGUGGUGAUAAGGAUUCCCCGAAUUUGAGAGUUAUUCAUAUGCCAGAUAUGCAUUUGCGGAAAGAAGAUGAUUUGUUCUUGUUGAAGCAGUGUAUUGAGCAGUAUAGUGUUCCUUCAGAUCUUCGAUUUUCUUUGCUCACCAGAAUUAGAUAUGCUCGAUCCUUCCGGUCACCAAGAAUAUGCAGUUUUUAUAGCAGGAUUUGCCUUCUUGCUUUUAUUGUUCUGGUCCAGUCCAGUGAUGCUCAUGAUGAACUUGUGUCCUUUUUUGCUAAUGAACCAGAAUAUACAAACGAGUUAAUUAGGGUUGUGAGAUCUGAGAAAACUGUGUCUGGAUCUCUCAGAACAUUAGCAAUGCUUGCGUUGGGAGCUCAAUUGGCAGCAUAUACAUCAUCUCAUGAACGGGCACGGAUAUUGAGUGGAUCUAGUAUAAGUUUUGCUGGUGGGAACCGCAUGAUACUUUUGAAUGUGCUUCAACGGGCUAUUUUGUCAUUAAGUUCUAAUGAUCCAUCGUCCCUUGCCUUUGUGGAGGCACUUCUUCAGUUCUAUCUGCUCCAUGUGGUUUCAACCUCAACUUCUGGGAGUAAUAUUAGGGGUUCUGGCAUGGUACCUACAUUCUUGCCUUUGUUGGAGGAUUCUGAUCCGGCACACAUUCAUCUUGUCUGUUUUGCUGUGAAAACCCUUCAGAAGCUUAUGGACUAUAGCAGCUCAGCUGUGUCACUUUUUAAAGAGUUGGGGGGUGUUGAGCUUUUAGCUCAGAGGCUACAGAUAGAGGUGCACAGAAUCGUAGGUUUGGUUAGAGAAAAUGAUGAUUUGAUGGUCACUGGUGAAAGCUCAAGACUUAACACUGAUAAGCUUUCCUUCCAAAAGAGGCUCAUAAAGGUCUCGCUCAAGGCCCUGGGUUCCGCAACAUAUUCUGCUUCAAACUCUACCAGAUCUCAACACUCACAUGACAGUUCCUUACCUGCAACACUAGUGUUGAUAUUCAGGAAUGUAGACAAGUUUGGAGGUGAUAUUUACUACUCUGCUGUUACUGUUAUGAGUGAAGUAAUCCACAAAGAUCCCACAUGUUUUUCUGCUCUGCAUGAGAUGGGUCUUCCUGAUGCUUUUUUAUCUUCUGUUGUAUCUCGAGUGUUUCCUUCUUCAAGGGCUUUGUCAUGUAUUCCUAAUGGUCUUGGUGCUAUUUGUCUCAAUGCUAAGGGCCUAGAGGCUGUUAGAGAAACUUCAGCACUGCGAUUCCUUGUUGACAUCUUCACAAGUAAAAAGUAUGUCCUGGCAAUGAAUGAAGCCAUUGUUCCUCUUGCAAAUGCUGUGGAGGAACUUCUGCGUCAUGUGUCUUCGCUGCGAAGUACUGGUGUUGAUAUGAUUAUUGAAAUCAUCCAUAAGAUUGCAUCAUUUGGGGAUAGUAUUGGUGUAGGAUCUUCUGGAAAAGAUAACGAGGGUACUGCAAUGGAAACAGAUUCUGCAGACAAAGAAAAUGAAGGACAUUGCUGCCUUGUUGGUACAGCAGAUUCAGCUGCAGAAGGGAUAACUGAUGAUCAAUUCUUACAGUUAUGCGUCUUUCAUUUGAUGGUAUUGGUUCACAGGAUGAUGGAAAAUUCUGAAACGUGUCGCUUGUUCGUGGAAAAGUUGGGAAUUGAAGCUUUGCUGAAGUUGUUAUUACGACCUGUUAUUGCACAAUCCUCAGAUGGCAUGUCUAUUGCUUUACAUAGCACCAUGGUCUUUAAGGGGUUUGCUCAGCAUCACUCAGCUCCUCUAGCACGUGCCUUUUGCUCCUCUCUUAGAGAGCACUUGAAGAAAGCACUAGCAGGGUUUGAUGCAGCUUCUGGACAUUUAUUGCUGGAUCCAAAGAUGACAACUGAUAGUGGCAUCUUUUCUUCACUUUUCUUGGUUGAGUUCCUUCUGUUUCUUGCUGCCUCAAAAGAUAACCGUUGGGUGACUGCAUUGCUGACAGAGUUUGGAAAUGGCAGUAAAGAUGUUCUGGAAGACAUUGGACAUGUGCAUCGUGAGGUUCUGUGGCAAAUUGCUCUACUUGAAGAUACAAAGCCUGAUAUUGAGGAUAAUGGGGCUUGUUCAUCUGCUGAUUCACAACAGGCAGAAGUGGAUGCUAAUGAAACUGAAGAGCAAAGGUUCAACUCUUUCAGGCAGUUUCUUGAUCCAUUACUGAGGAGGAGGACGUCCGGAUGGAGCAUUGAAUCUCAGUUUUUUGACCUUAUAAACUUGUAUCGAGAUCUGGGCCGAGCCACUGGUUCUCAUAGUAUAUCAAGUUCCAUUAGUUCUUCGAACAUGAGGUUGGCUUCCAGUGAUCAUGUGCAUCAUUCUGGAUCUUCUGAUGCAUCUGGGGCAAAUAGUAAGAAAGAAAAUGACAAGCAGAGGCCGUAUUAUACCUCUUGUUGUGACAUGGUCAGAUCACUCUCAUUUCACAUCACCCAUCUGUUUCAAGAGUUAGGAAAGGUAAUGCUGCUGCCUUCUCGUCGCCGUGAUGAUUUGGUGAGUGUAAGUCCUGCAGCAAAGUCAGUGGCUUCAACUUUUGCAUCCAUUUCUCUGGAUCAUAUGAAUUUUGGCCGUGUAAGUACUUCAGCAGGAGAGGCAUCCAUAUCAAUAAAAUGUCGUUACUAUGGUAAAGUGAUUGGUUUGAUGGAUAGCAUUCUAAUGGAGAAGCCAGAUUCCUGCAAUCCUAUUUUAUUGAAUUGCUUGUAUGGACAUGGUGUUGUUCAAUCUGUUUUGACAACAUUUGAAGCAACAAGUCAGUUGCUCUUUGCAGUUAAUCGUGCUCCUGCAUCCCCUAUGGACACUGAUGAUGGAAAUUUGAAGCAGGAUGACAAAGAUGAUGGUGACCAUUCGUGGAUUUAUGGUCCUUUAGCUAGUUAUGGUAAAUUUAUUGACCAUCUAGUGACCUCCUCUUUUAUUUUAUCUUCAUUUACAAAGCACUUGCUUGCACAGCCCCUUGCAAACUGUGAUACUCCUUUCCCACGGGAUGCUGAGACUUUCGUGAAGGUCCUCCAGUCCAUGGUGUUGAAGGCUGUACUUCCAGUUUGGACUCAUCCCCAGUUUGUUGAUUGUAGCUAUGAAUUUAUUUCUACUGUAAUCUCUAUUAUUAAGCAUGUUUAUUAUGGGGUUGAAGUGAAAAAUGUCAACAGCAGCAACAGUGCUCGUAUCACAGGACCUCCUCCAAAUGAAACGGCCAUUUCAACCAUUGUAGAGAUGGGGUUUUCCAGGUCUCGAGCAGAGGAAGCUUUGAGGCAAGUUGGGUCAAAUAGUGUCGAGUUGGCAAUGGAGUGGUUGUUCUCCCAUCCAGAAGAUAUUCAAGAAGAUGAUGAACUUGCCCGUGCACUUGCCAUGUCCCUUGGGAGUUCUGAAUCAGACACAAAAGAUGCUACUGAAAAUGAUAAUGCUCAGCAGAUUGAGGAAGAGAUUGUUCAACUUCCACCAGUUGAUGAGUUAUUAUCUACUUGCACAAAACUUUUGCAGAAAGAAUCCCUUGCUUUUCCUGUCCGAGACUUGCUUGUGAUGAUAUGCUUUCAAGACAAUGGUCAAUAUAGGUCUAAUAUUGUCUCUUUUCUUGCUGAACGGAUCAAAGAAUGUGGCCUGGUUCCCUGUAAUGGAAAUAAUACCUUGCUUGCUGCACUUUUCCAUGUUUUUGCAUUAAUUUUGAAUGAGGAUGCUGAGGCACGUGAAGCUGCAUCCAAGAUUGGUUUGAUAAAAAUUGCCUCAGAUUUACUCUACCAGUGGCAUUCCAGUCUUGAUUGUAGGGUGAAACAGCAGGUGCCAAAAUGGGUUAUGGCAGCUUUUCUUGCAUUAGACAGGCUGUUGCAAGUGGAUCAAAAGCUGAACUCUGAAAUUGCGGAGCAGAUGAAGAAAGAAGCAGCGGAUAACCAGCAGGCAUCUAUUACCAUUGAUGAGGAUAGGCAAAACAAAUUGCAGUCUGCAUUGGGACUUUCUAUGAAGUAUGCAGAUAUAAGUGAGCAGAAGAGACUUGUUGAGAUUGCUUGUAGUUGUAUGAAGCACCAGCUUCCAUCAGACACAAUGCAUGCUAUUCUGUUGCUCUGUUCCAAUCUUACAAGGAAUCAUUCUGUCGCUCUUACCUUUCUUGAUGCUGGGGGUUUAAGUUCACUGCUUUCUUUGCCAACCAGUAGCUUAUUCCCAGGGUUUGACAACGUUGCUGCUAGUAUUAUACGUCAGGUCCUUGAAGAUCCACAAACUCUCCAACAAGCAAUGGAAUCUGAAAUUAAACAUUGUCUUGUCGUUGCUUCUAACCGGCAUCCAAUUGGAAGGAUCAGUCCUCGCAAUUUCCUGUCUAAUUUAGCUUCUGUAAUUUCUCGAGAUCCAGUUAUUUUCAUGCAGGCUGCUCAAUCUGUCUGCCAAGUUGAGUUGGUAGGUGAUAGGCCUUACAUUGUAUUGCUGAAAGAUCGGGAUAAAGACAGACCUAAGGAGAAGGAAAAGGAGAAGGAUAGAUCAUUAGAGAAAGAAAAAACACAGAUUAACGAUGGGAAGGUUGGUUUGGGAACUGCAAACACAGCAGCUUCUGGCAAUGGCCAUGGCAAAAGCCAUGAUUCAAAUUCAAAGAGUGGCAAGAUUCAUAGAAAACCCACCCAGAGUUUUAUAAACGUGAUAGAACUUCUUCUUGAGUCCAUAUGCACUUUUGUACCACCUGUAAAGGAUGAUGUAACCAUAAAUGCUGGACCUAGCACCCCAACAUCAAGUGACAUGGACAUUGAUAUCUCUGCAGUUAAGGGAAAAGGAAAAGCAGUUGCCACCAUGUCCGAGGAGUAUGAAACCAGCGAGCAGGAAACUUCUGCAUCGCUCGCAAAAGUUGUAUUUAUUUUGAAGCUUCUUACAGAAAUACUAUUGAUGUAUUCAUCAGCUGUACAUGUUCUUCUCCGGCGAGAUGCUGAAAUGGGCAGAACUAAGUUCACUCAUCAAAAGAGUAGUCCUGCUGGUUUAAGCUUGGGUGGAAUUUUUCACCAUAUUCUUCAUAAUUUUCUUCCUUAUUUUCGAAGUGCCAAAAAGGACAAGAAAAAUGAUGGUGAUUGGAGGCAGAAACUUGCAACCAGAGCUAAUCAAUUUAUGGUGGCUGCUUGUGUUCGAUCUACAGAGGCAAGGAGGAGAGUUUUCAGUGAGAUUAGUCAUAUUAUGGGUGACUUUGUUGAUUCUUGUAGAGGUGUUAAGCCACCAAGUAAUAACAUUCUGGUUUUUGUUGAUCUACUAAACGAUGUUUUAGCUGCCCGUACACCAGCUGGUUCUUCAAUCUCAGCAGAGGCCUCUACCACUUUUAUGGAAACUGGUCUGGUUAAAUCGUUCACUCGUACCCUCCAGGUGUUGGACUUAGACCAUGCUGACUCAUCUAAAGUUGCUACUGGAAUUGUUAAAGCUCUUGAGUUGGUUACUAAGGAGCAUGUCCAUUCAGCUGAUUCUACUGCUGGGAAGGGUGAUAGCUCAACGAAGUCCUUGGAUCUUAGUCAAUCUGGAAGAAUGGAGAAUAUUGAUGAUGCAUCCCAGUCCAUGGAAAUGACAACUCAGGCCAAUAAUGAUUCCCUUCAAGCAGACCAGGUUGCAUCUUAUAAUGCAAUUCAGUCUUAUGGUGAGUCUGAAGCUGUCACUGAUGAUAUGGAACAUGAUCAAGAUCUUGAUGGCAGUUUUGCUCCAGCUAAUGAGGAUGAUUACAUGCGUGAAACUUCUGAGGAUGCAAGGGGUCUUGAGAAUGGCAUUGAAAAUGUGGAGAUUCGGUUUGGAAUCCAGCCUCAUGAACAGGAAAAUCUUGAUGAUGAUGAGGAUGAGGAUGAUGAGAUGUCUGGAGAUGACGGUGAAGAUGUAGAGGAAGAUGAUGAGGAUGAUGAGGAACAUAAUGAUUUAGAAGACGAAGUCCAUCACUUGCCACAUCAUGACACUGAUCAAGAUGAUCGUGAGAUUGAUGAUGAUGAUUUUGAUGAUGAAGUGAUGGAGGAAGAUGACGAGGAUGAUGAGGAUGAUGAAGAUGGAGUUAUCUUGCGGCUUGAGGAGGGCAUUAAUGGAAUAAAUGCUUUUGAUCAUAUUGAGGUUUUUGGGAGGGAAAAUAGUUUUCCAAAUGAUGCUCUCCAUGUGAUGCCCGUUGAACUCUUUGGAUCUAGACGUCCUGGGAGGACAACGUCCAUUUACAGUCUACUGGGCAGAACUGGUGAUGCUGCUGAUCCUUCACGCCAUCCGCUCCUAGCUGGACCACCUUCAUUCCAGUCAUCUCCGGGGCCAUCAGAUAGUAUAUUGGAGAGCCGCUCAACAGGUUUGGAUAAUAUUUUCCGAUCUCUGAGGGGUGGUCGCCAUGGGCACCGUUUGAAUUUAUGGAUCAAUAACCAGCAUAGUGGUGGAUCAAAUAAUGGUGUUGUGCCACCAGGUCUUGAGGACCUGCUUGUCUCUCAGUUAAGGCGGCCUAUCCCUGAAAAGUCAUCUGAUAAGGAGGUAGCGGAAACAGGUCCUCACAAUAAAGUUGAGGUCAACCAAGCACAAGAUACAGGUGGUGGUAGACCAGAUAUUCCAGUUGAAAGCAAUGCAAAUCAAGCUGGUGGUACAGUGACUCCAGCAGCAAUUGAUAAUCCCAACAAUGCUGAUACGAGACCUGCAGCAACUGGAUCUCUGCAGACUGAUGUACCAAGCACCCAUUCACAAGUGAUUGAGAUGCAGUUUGAGCAUAGUGACGUAGCUGUGCGGGAUGUUGAGGCUGUUAGCCAAGAGAGUAGUGGUAGUGGGGCAACUUUUGGUGAAAGCCUUCGGAGCCUAGAUGUUGAGAUAGGAAGUGUUGAUGGCCAUGAUGAUGGCGGAGAAAGGCAGGUUUUUGCAGAGAGGGUUGCUGGUGAUUCCCAAGUUGCACGUACAAGAAGAUCAAAUAUGACUUUUGGUCAUUCUUCCCAUGUAAGUGGGAGAGAUGCUUCCCUCCAUAGUGUUACUGAAGUUUCUGAAAAUUCCAGCCGAGAUGCAGAUCAGGAAGCUCCAGCUGCAGAGCAGCAGGUGAACAGUGAUUCUGGUUCUGGGGCAAUUGAUCCUGCCUUUCUAGAUGCUCUUCCUGAGGAGUUGCGUGCUGAAGUUCUCUCAGCUCAGCAGGGACAAGCAGCUCAACCAUCAAAUGUUGAGUCUCAGAACACCGGAGAUAUUGAUCCAGAAUUCCUUGCAGCCCUCCCUCCAGAUAUUCGAGCAGAAGUUUUAGCACAACAGCAAGCACAGAGGCUCCACCAGUCCCAGGAGUUGGAAGGUCAGCCUGUUGAAAUGGAUACAGUUUCAAUAAUUGCAACAUUUCCUUCGGAGUUACGAGAAGAGGUUCUUCUAACAUCUUCUGACGCUAUCCUUGCCAAUCUUACACCUGCUCUUGUUGCUGAGGCAAAUAUUUUGCGGGAGAGGUUUGCACACCGUUACAGUCGUACCCUCUUUGGUAUGUACCCAAGAAGUCGUAGAGGUGAGACUUCUAGACGUGAUGAAGGUAUUGGUUCAGGCUUAGAUAGGGCUGGUGGAAGUAUUUCUUCACGCAGAUCUGUUGGAGCUAAGGUAGUUGAAGCUGAUGGAGCACCUCUAGUUGACACAGAAGCUUUGCAUGCCAUGAUUCGUUUAUUUCGUGUGGUUCAGCCACUCUAUAAAGGUCAAUUGCAGAGGCUUCUUUUGAAUCUUUGUGCCCAUAGUGAAACUAGAACUACUUUGGUGAAAAUUCUGAUGGACUUACUUAUGCUUGAUGUAAAAACAUCUGGAAGCUCUUCUAGUGCGGUUGAGCCACCAUAUAGACUUUAUGGUUGUCAGAGCAAUGUAAUGUACUCUCGCCCUCAAUCUUUUGAUGGAGUUCCUCCCUUGCUUUCCCGUCGCAUACUUGAAACUCUGACGUAUCUUUCUCGUAAUCAUCCAUAUGUGGCAAAAAUUUUUCUUGAGUUUGGUGGUCCUCAUUAUGCACCAAGAGAAUCAGAUAAUGCAAACAAGGCACGCGGCAAAUCUGUGAUGGUUGUUGGAGACGAAGUUAACAAUGACAAUAAUGAACACAUGUCCCUUGCAAUGCUUUUGAGUCUAUUAAGGCAGCCUCUCUAUCUGAGGAGCAUAGCGCAUCUUGAGCAGCUGCUAAAUCUUCUUGAGGUUAUCAUUGAUAGUGCUAGAAGUAAGUCUAGUUCAUCUGACAAAAUUCCAAGUUCUACUUCUGAGCCCUCAUCUGGUCCACAAAUUUCUGCAUUCGAGGCAGAUGCAAAUACUGAUCCUGGUGUUUCAUCUUCUGGGCUUGAUAAAUCAACUAGUGCUGUUGAUUCCUCCAAAUCCAAAACUGCCGCCCAUCUUGAGGAACAUGAGACUCACAGGGUACCCAGUAGCCUACCAGAGGAAGAACUUCGGCUUUUGUGUUCAUUACUUGCACAAGAAGGAUUGUCGGAUAAUGCAUAUGCUCUCGUGGCGGAGGUAAUGAAGAAAUUAGUGGCCAUUGCUCCAACUCAUUGUCAGCUCUUUGUCACUGAGCUUGCUGGAGCAGUUCAAAACUUGACUUCUGCCGCAAUGAAUGAAUUGCGUGUUUUCAGUGAAGCAAUCAGAUCUCUUCUUAGCACAACAUCUUCUGAUGGGGCUGCAAUUUUGAGAGUUCUGCAAGCCUUAAGUUCCCUUGUUGCUUCACUGACUGAGAAAGAGAAUGAUAGAAUUACUCCUGCUCUUUCUGAGGUAUGGGAAAUCAAUUCAGCUUUAGAGCCUUUGUGGCAUGAACUGAGCUGUUGCAUAAGCAAGAUGGAGUCAUACUCAGAGUCUGCCUCUGAUUUGUUCACCCCUUCUCGUACCAGUUUGUCUAAGCCAUCAAAUGCAUUGUCUCCACUUCCACCAGGCUCUCAAAAUAUUUUACCAUACAUAGAAUCUUUCUUUGUGGUUUGUGAGAAGCUGCAUCCUGCUCAGCCAGGUACUGGUCAUGAUGUGGGCAUCCCUGUUGUUUCUGAUGUUGAAGAUGCCAGAACAUCUGCUACCCAACAGAAAAUAUCUGCACCUCCUGUCAAAGCGGAUGAGAAAAAUGCUGUUUUUGUCAAGUUCUCAGAGAAGCAUAGGAAACUACUAAAUGCUUUUAUCAGGCAAAAUCCUGGUUUGCUUGAGAAAUCUUUCUCCCUCAUGCUGAAGGUUCCAAAAUUUAUUGAUUUUGACAACAAGCGUGCCCACUUUCGGUCAAAGAUAAAGCAUCAGCAUGACCAUCAUCCUAGCCCAUUAAGAAUCUCAGUUAGAAGGGCCUAUGUUUUAGAGGAUUCUUAUAACCAGCUUCGCAUGAGAUCUACUCAAGAUUUGAAGGGAAGGUUGACUGUUCACUUCCAAGGGGAGGAAGGUAUUGAUGCAGGUGGUCUUACAAGGGAAUGGUAUCAAUUAUUGUCCAGAGUUAUUUUUGACAAAGGAGCCCUUCUUUUUACAACGGUGGGCAAUGAAUCAACAUUCCAGCCGAACCCUAACUCUGUUUACCAAACAGAACAUCUUUCUUAUUUCAAAUUUGUUGGAAGAGUGGUUGGGAAAGCAUUGUUUGAUGGUCAGCUUUUGGAUGUCCAUUUUACUCGCUCUUUCUACAAGCAUAUACUUGGGGUCAAAGUUACAUAUCAUGAUAUUGAAGCCAUUGAUCCUGACUACUACAAAAAUUUGAAAUGGAUGCUUGAGAAUGAUAUUAGCGAUGUUUUGGAUCUUACGUUUAGCAUUGACGCAGAUGAAGAAAAACUGAUCUUAUAUGAGCGGACAGAAGUAACUGAUUAUGAGUUGAUUCCUGGUGGACGGAAUAUCAAAGUUACUGAGGAGAAUAAGCAUCAAUAUGUUGAUUUAGUGGUUGAGCACCGGUUGACCACUGCUAUUCGACCUCAAAUAAAUGCCUUCUUGGAAGGAUUCAAUGAAUUGAUUCCCAGGGAGUUGAUAUCCUUAUUCCAUGACAAAGAAUUGGAAUUAUUAAUCAGUGGACUUCCUGAUAUCGAUUUGGAUGACUUGAGAGCAAAUACUGAGUAUUCUGGAUACAGUGCUGCGUCACCAGUUAUCCAGUGGUUUUGGGAAGUUGUAUAUGGUUUCAGCAAGGAAGAUAAGGCUCGACUAUUGCAGUUUGUGACAGGCACAUCCAAGGUGCCUCUGGAAGGUUUCAGUGCUCUUCAAGGAAUCUCAGGUUCUCAGAAGUUUCAGAUACACAAAGCAUAUGGGAGCCCUGAUCAUUUGCCUUCUGCUCAUACUUGCUUCAACCAGCUAGACCUACCCGAAUAUCCGACUAGACAACAAUUGGAAGAGAGGUUACUGCUUGCAAUUCAUGAAGCAAACGAGGGGUUUGGAUUUGGUUGAUAACCUUUUUUUUUUUUGGGUAGGUUGGGCAUAUAUACUCAUGUAUUUUACAUAUUAGGGCAGCAGCUAUUGUGCAGGGGAUUGACCAUCCUUUUUCAGUUCAUAUUAAAUUGUUAAUAUGUUGUACAGUGGUUUAUUGCAAUGGGAACGAUGCCUUUUGCGGUUUCUCAGUCA